ACGUCGCCUAGUGAAAACUCUAAAAUGGCGGUGAAAUUUCGAGCAAGGAAGAAGGACCCGGGAAUCCCGUACGUCUUUGUACAUGCGCCAAAAAGUGAAAUUUGUCGACUUCAUCGCGUUCUUUUGGAACCGUGAAAUUUAUGACUCUGUCCGCUGCAGGAAACUGCAAGAGGUCAUCGCCAUUUUUGCUCGCGUGAGAAGUUCCAAAUGAAAGAGGUGUUGCUGACACACGCAUGUUGCUAAAUCCGUGGUGGUUCCAUUUUAGCUUCCAUCGUGAUCCUUUAUUUUUCAAAAUUCAUUUCUCUUUUGAAAUCCAAUUCUCUGCUGGGUUAUAUUUUCAGGGUUGAUUUCUAAGUCGUUUCAAAGCUUGCACUGUUUGGUGGGUGUUUAAUUUUCAGUUCUUGAAUAUUAGGGUUUUGGGCUGUUUAUGGAAGAUGAGCUUGGACAUGAUUCAUUCGUGGACAUUGAAUGAUAUUAUAGUUUCUUUUGUUGAACUCUCCGUUGCAUAUUUCCUGCUCUGUGCAUUGGCUUUUGCGUUUUUCGCUUCCAAGUUUUUGAAUGUUUUGGAGCGACACUUGCCAUGCCCUUGUAUUGGCUUCCUAGGGUAUCGAAAUAGCGAUUUGUGCUGGCACAAACUGCCAAUCGAUUGGCUACGGAGAACAAUUUGUUCUGUUCAAGUUUUGGUAAACGCCAGGCUCCCUUGUAAUUCAAUUUGGGUUCAAGAUCAAGCCUGCUAUAGGGAUGUUGGGUUACUAAAAGAUGCAAGAUUGGAUAAUCCGAAACGGGAGUUUGGGAAUGAAGCUUGUUCUACUUCUUUUUCUGGUCUAAGAUUGCAAGACUUGGCCGAUAAAGAAAUUGGGCAUGAUGCUAAGGGAAAAAGAACUAUGAAUCAGAAACAAAGGUCAGGAACAAGGCGCCGCAUGAGAAUUGUGCUUGGAAAUGGAAAAUUCCCUUCUGUGCUGGGCGCGGAUGAUGCACAUACAGUUGCUGCAGGUGUUUCUCGUAAUAGGAGUGAUGGCAGCAAAAUGAGAAGUGAAUAUCUCAAUCCUAGUGGUGGGAUAGGGGAUGAUGUUCGGGAUGAGGCAAAUACUAGACAUGGACUGGACCUUGGUCAAAGAAUUGGCCAAAGUCUUGAAUUGAGAGGCUCCUAUGCAGACAGUAACAGAAAGGGGAAUAUUUUUCCUGUUGUCGAACUUGCAUGCAACGCUCAAGAUAAUGUUGGGAUGGCUGAAACCCAUUUACAUACCAUUAGAAUGUUGGAACUAGCACUUCAAGAACAGAAAUCUGCCCAUGCUGCUGUGUAUUUAGAGUUGGAGAAAGAGAGAGCUGCUGCUGCGACUGCUGCUGAUGAAGCCAUGGCCAUGAUUCUACGCUUGCAAAAGGAUAAGGCAUCCAUAGAAAUGGAAGCAAGGCAAUACCAAAGAAUAAUUGAAGAAAAGUCUGCUUAUGAUAAAGAGGAGAUGAAUAUUCUGAAAGAGAUACUCAUUAGGAAAGAGAGAGAGAACCAUUUUCUGGAGAAGGAACUUGUAGCGUAUCAGCUGAUGAAUGUUUCAAGAAAUGAGCUGCUAGAAAGUGAUUUGAAUUACCAGACCAAUGAUGGAGGAGAAGGGGCUUCUCUUUCAGCUGAUCAAAAUGAGGAUCUGGAGCACAUGGAGAUGAAUAAACCCACCAGUGAGGAGGAAGUGAUAAAAACUGCAAACUGGACUUCAAAUUACGAGGAAGGUCUGCCGAACAUAGGAGAAAAAGCAAUGUCAAAGAAUAAGGACUUACAUUCUGAUUUAUCAAUUUCACAGGGGUUGGAGAAGAUGUCAGAGAUUGAUUCAGAUCUGUAUCAGUUUAUUUCUCAUGGGCGUAAUUUGCUUGAGAACACUACUGAUUCGGCAGGUAAUACAAUGAUACAAAAGGAUAAUAGCGUUGCUUCUGAAGGUAUGACUGCAAAUGCAGCCCAGAUUUGCAGUGGAAUCGUAGGACUGAAGAAAGAUGGGGAGCAUGGGAAUCAAGUAGACAGUGUUCUGCAUGGUUCCAUGUUUAAUACAGAGCCAACAAUUUACGAUGUUCAUGUCAUAGAUGACAAUACUGUUUUGCAUAAGGUGGAUAGUGGAGAGCAUGGUGGACCAUCGAAUAGUGCUACUUCAGAUACUGAAGUUUGGAGCUACAGUAUGUUAAAAGCUUGCCCGGAUACGAGGAUGUCAGAAAGUGAGUGCAACAUCCAAGGAAGCAGUAUGGAAAUGAGUCGCAGGUUAAAAAUGCUGGGUGAUUCUCAGUGCAAGCCCUUAUGCUGUGACUUGGGGAGGACUUCUUUGUCUUCAGUCAAUAGUGCAAGGCUAAAAAUUGAUGGUGAAGUUGAAUGGCUCAGAGAAAGGCUACGACAAGUGAAAGAAGAGAAAGGUAAGCUGACUUUCGCUGCAGAGCAAAAGCAAAGAGUUACUGCCCAAUUGCAACUAAUAGAUGAGAUACUGAACUAUCUUCAUCAAAUUCAAGAGCUAAGAGAGCCUGUUCGGCGGGCUUCUUUACCCCCUUCAUCUUCUAAGGUGCGCCAUAUGGAGUUCGAUGAGCUUGAAGAAAAGACGCUGCCGUAGCGUGUCUAGUGAAGCCUUCGAAAGCUCCUAGUUGUAAAAACUUGGGAAGAUUCUGGCUUGUGCAGUAUGAUCACUCGACAGAUGCUGUUGAGAUAUUUGUGUGUGUGUGUGCGCUUUUUUCGAACCUUUCGAUUCUCUUUUGUAGAUUUAACUGUAAAAUGCACUGUAGUAGUUGAGUUUAUUUAAUAGAGUUCCCGUUUGUCGUGUGUAAACAAGCUUUGUACCUGCUCCAGAGUGGUUUCUCAAGAGUUGAAGGAUCAACUAUUUCUGUAGCAUAUUCACUCUCAAGAGUUGAAGGACACUUCAGAAGAUCUUUUCAACACUCUGGCGGAGGAGCAGAUUAAGAGAUGAUAACUUAGAUUAAUCAGGCUAACUUGUUUGUCUGAGCUCUCACUGGAGUGGUGUUCUAAGGACCAUAUGAGCACAAGGCAAACAACCAACUAAAAUAUAUAGAGAAUGUUA